UCUCCUAAUCGAGACCCAGCCUGUAGUUUUAGUAAACAUGACGUCAACAGUCCAUUGAAAUCAUUAAACAGGCGAACUCACUUGUGAUUGGCUAACCAAACGAAAGCGUCGCUCCAGCCAAUCGCCGUCGCGCUUACUCGCCAAUGCGGUAGUACCAACAUGGCAGCUUUCUGAGUUUUGGAGGAGGAGAGCUGGAGUAAAUACAGAGAAAUUAAGCGUUUCUGAGACGAGGACAGGGUCAGGGAGCCUGAGCUCGAGACUUAUUGGAUUGUCGGCGGAAAAUGUCGAGCGACGGGAACAAGAAACAGUUCUGGAAAAGAAACGCAGCCAAGGUUCCUGGCAGUAUUCAGCAUGUUUACGGCGCACAGCAUCCACCUUUUGACCCGCUUCUUCAUGCCAAUCUAAUCAAAGCAGGAAACAAACCCCCUCCGGCCACGCCAGGCAAGCCAAAGAAAGCCACCACCUUCCAGGAGUUCGAGAGCAUCACCAGCGACGCCUGGGACGUCGGCGACGAUGACGACGAGCUGCUGGCCAUGGCUGCACAGAACCUCAACAUCGAGGUUGUCAUGGAGACGGCAAAUAAGGUGAUUGAGAAUCACAGCAAGCAGCAGGAGAGACAGAGGCAAGACGAAACGACGGAGCCGGGUCAGGGAGAGGAAGACGCACAGGAGGAAGUGGCGGCGGAGGAGUUGGAGGAGGAAGAGGAAGAUGAGUAUCUCAGAGUGGAGGAAGUGGAGGCAAUCAGCCCAGAUGCAUCAUUUGCCUCUCAGAGCAGCCCUUACGCUGAUAGCCGUCUGGUGAAAUCCCACAGUGAAGCUCCGAUUGGGUCACCUAGAGAUGCAGCGGGCGAGCGCGCCGGCCUCCACAGACAGAGGUCUCUGCCCCAUCGGCCGCCCGUCAUCCCAUUAGUGGCUCGCAUGGCUGACCAGAACACAUCUGGCACCCCGGCCAUGACCGAGAGGGAAGCAUCCCGCCUGGAUAAGUUCAAACAGUUGCUGGCGGGGCCCAACACAGAUCUGGAGGAGCUGCGGAAGCUCAGCUGGUCUGGAAUCCCGCGGCAAGUUCGACCGAUAGCCUGGAAGCUUCUUUCUGGUUAUCUGCCUGCCAACGCAGAGAGGCGAGAAAGCGUUCUACAGAGGAAGAGACAAGAAUAUUUCGGCUUCAUCCAGCAAUACUACGACUCGCGCAAUGAUGAGCACCAUCAAGACACAUACAGACAGAUCCAUAUAGACAUUCCUAGGAUGAGUCCUGAAAAUUUGGUGCUGCAGCCAAAGGUGACAGAGAUAUUUGAGCGGAUUUUGUUCAUCUGGGCCAUCCGGCAUCCGGCCAGCGGCUACGUGCAGGGCAUCAACGACCUGGUCACGCCGUUCUUCGUCGUCUUCGUUUUCGAGUACAUCGAGGAGGAAGUGGAAAACUUUGACGUGUCCAGUCUCCAGGAAGAGGCUCUGAGGAACAUUGAGGCUGACAGCUUCUGGUGCAUGAGCAAACUGCUGGACGGCAUCCAGGACAACUAUACAUUUGCUCAGCCAGGCAUUCAGAGGAAAGUCAAGGCCCUUGAGGAGCUGGUCAGCAGGAUUGAUGAGUCUGUGCACCGCCACAUGCAGCAGUACGAGGUGGAGUACCUGCAGUUCGCCUUCCGCUGGAUGAACAACCUCCUGAUGAGGGAGCUGCCGCUGCGGUGCACGAUCAGACUGUGGGACACGUAUCAGGCGGAACCUGAAGGCUUCUCUCACUUCCACCUGUACGUGUGCGCUGCCUUCCUGGUGAGGUGGAGAAAAGAGAUUCUGGAGGAGCGGGAUUUCCAGGGCCUGAUGAUCCUGCUGCAGAACCUCCCCACGAUGCACUGGGGCAACGAGGAAGUGAGCGUGCUGCUGGCCGAAGCCUACAGGUUGAAGUUCGCCUUCGCCGACGCGCCCAACCACUACAAGAGAUGAUGAGAGCGUCUCCACCUCCUCGUCCUCAUCCUUCGUCGCCUGCUGGACUCACAGGCUCCUCCCAUUUUCCUAACCACUCCCCCUAUUUUUAUUUUUAUUUAGUUUUUUUGCCCAUAUUUCCAGUGGGCCUUUCUGCUACUAAGAGAUUCGAAUCAAACAGUGACUUGAGGAUGCGUGGUGUAGCAUUUUGACACGAUGAUCCGGAGCCUUUUCUUUUUAAAUUAUCUCUCUGACUCACUGAAACGUGCGUUCAUUCUCAGUCUGAUGCAGAAACAGAUCAUUAAUAUUGAUUAUUGGAAGUUUUUCUUUUUUUUUUUUUUUUUGUCGUCGUUGAAGAACAACAGCCACACACGGCCUGAUGCAGGAUCAUGAACAGUUUCUCAGCACUGCCUGGGGUUAAAAUCUGCGUUAUUUUACACUACCAUAGCAAUACUUAGUUUAUUUUGGCAAAAUCAAACCCUUUAUUUAGUUUAUAAAUAUGAAGACAGACGGCAGAAGGGCACUUCUUUUUUAAUUAUUAUUAUUGUUAUUAUUAAUAGAAGAUUUACAAAUCUUGAAGGAGUCUGCAGUUUUUCUGUGACACAAAGGGGGGAAACUGAUUCAGUUGGUUUUCCAGGAUCCAAACGGCACAGAUCGGGUUCCGAGAAUCCAGCACUCAGCAAAUUGCUCUCCCUUUCAUCCUCCUCUCCUCACUUCCUCCCCCUCAUCCUCUCACACUCCCCGUACAUCAGAGUGGAAGGUGAACGGCGUCCAGAGAAGCUCGCCCCACGUUCCAAAACACGACACGGCCAUCAGGAUGCAGAGAGGCCGACUUUGUCUUAGAUCGCCUGUUCACGAAGGGCUACGUCUCGCCAUCGGCUCGCUACCUCAGAUCUCACUAAAUUUGUCAAUUCAGAAGCGAUGAGGGACAAAAUGUGUUUUGGAAUCUUCUGGUUUUUCAGUUCUUUCUAAUUUACUAGGUUUAAAUCCGGCUAAUUCUAGAAUAAAACGUCUGAACUGAGGAUAGGAUAAAAAGUUUAUCCAUAAGCCUCUAAAUCAUACUUCCUUUUGAAUCAGAAUUAAUUUUCUCAAAAUAAGAGGAUAUUAAUAUCAUAAUUCAAUUUUAUUAGAAGAUCAAAAUCAGGAUUCUGAGUUUAAAGUCUGUUUUGUGUAAACUCAGAUUUUAUUUUAUUUAUUUUUUUGUUCAGUGACCCUGACC